GCUCCGCGAAGCCUGCGAGUCUUCGCUGCCCCGCGCGGAGCGCGCGUCCCCCGCCUGGCCGGGGACCCCCCGCGCACCCCCGAGACGGCGCGCGCCCAGAGCGCGGGAGCCCGGAGCGCCGGGCGCCUGGGACCCCGCGGAGCCGCUGCCCAGCCCGCGGGGCUCGGCAGGGAUGCAGGCUGCACUGUGAGCCCGGGCGCCAAGGCCAUGUCCGGCGCCCGCUGCCGGACCCUGUACCCGUUCUCCGGGGAGCGGCACGGCCAGGGGCUGCGCUUCGCCGCGGGCGAGCUGAUCACGCUGCUGCAGGUCCCGGACGGCGGCUGGUGGGAAGGCGAGAAGGACGACGGGCUCCGCGGCUGGUUCCCGGCGAGCUACGUGCAGUUGCUGGAGAAGCCUGGAAUGGUCCCCCCUCCUCUCGGAGAGGAAAGCCAGACUGUUGUCCUUCCACCUGGCUGGCAGAGCUACCUGUCUCCUCAGGGCCGCCGUUACUAUGUCAACACGGCCACCAAUGAGACCACCUGGGAACGUCCCAGCACUUCUCCUGGGAUUCCAGCCAGCCCUGGCCCUCACAGGAGCUCUCUGCCUCCAACAGUGAAUGGAUACCACGUGGCAGGGACCCCAGCGCACCCUCCCGAGACUGCCCACAUGAGUGUCCGAAAAUCCACCGGUGAUUCCCAGAACCUGGGAUCCUCAUCACCAAGCAAAAAGCAGAGCAAGGAAAACACCAUCACGAUAAACUGCGUGACGUUUCCACACCCAGACACGAUGCUGGAACAGCAGCUAUUGAAACCCACCGAGUGGAGCUAUUGUGACUAUUUCUGGGCUGAUAAGAAGGACCCCCAAGGCAAUGGCACGGUGGCUGGGUUUGAGCUCCUGCUUCAGAAGCAACUGAAGGGCAAGCAGAUGCAGAAGGAAAUGUCAGAAUUCAUCCGGGAGAGGAUAAAGAUCGAAGAGGAAUACGCAAAAAACCUAGCUAAGCUCUCUCAGAACUCUUUGGCUGCUCAGGAGGAAGGCUCCUUGGGAGAAGCGUGGGCCCAGGUGAAGAAGAGCCUCGCGGAUGAGGCAGAAGUCCAUCUCAAGUUCUCCGCCAAGCUGCACAGCGAGGUGGAGAAGCCCCUGAUGAAUUUCCGAGAAAACUUCAAGAAAGACAUGAAGAAGUGUGACCACCACAUCGCGGACCUCCGCAAGCAGCUGGUCAGCCGCUACGCCGCGGUGGAGAAGGCCCGGAAGGCCCUCACGGAACGGCAGAGAGACCUGGAGAUGAAGACCCAGCAGCUGGAGAUCAAGCUGAGCAACAAGACGGAGGAGGACAUCAAGAAGGCGCGGAGGAAGUCCACACAGGCUGGAGAUGACCUCAUGCGCUGUGUGGACCUCUACAACCAAGCCCAGUCCAAGUGGUUUGAAGAGAUGGUGACCACCACACUGGAGCUGGAGCGGCUGGAGGUAGAGAGGGUGGAGAUGAUCCGGCAGCACCUAUGUCAGUACACACAGCUGCGGCACGAGACAGACAUGUUCAACCAAAGCACAGUCGAGCCUGUGGACCAACUGCUUCGAAAAGUGGACCCAGCCAAAGACAGGGAGCUGUGGGUCAGAGAGCACAAGACGGGCAACAUCCGCCCCGUGGACAUGGAGAUUUAGACGGGCACGCACGGCCCCGGGGGUCCUGCGGAGGCGAGGGGCUGGGGGUCCCAUGGAGAGGAGGUGGCCGCGCCCGCCACGGGGCCCGCUGCCGAGUUCAGCUGCCCUCCCACCCCCUGUCCUGGGCCUGGUCCACUGAGCUGGGGCGAUUCCAGAAGGGCGGCCUUGCUGGGAGCUGCCAGUGUGCCCAGGCCAAGAAGACGGAUCCACAGCCCUAACCCUCGUCUCCGAGGCUGAAGCCCCCCGAAGCCCCCACCCCUGACUCCUGCACCGUGCUUGCAGCUCCAAGGACAAACUGAGGCUGGAGCUUUGUGGUCCCUGCUGAGCACCGGAGGGGUCGCCUCCCCACCCAGAACCACCUGUGUCAUAUACUUACGCCCCUGGAAGCCCCAAGGCCCUCUGUCUAGCUGGCUCCCUGUGUCCCGGGCUUUGGAGGGUCACGGGAGAAAGGUCCCUGUCUCCAGCCACGUAUCAGGAUCAGAAUCGUGGAUCCAAGGCACCGUUCAGCUCGGCAGCCCGCACCCAGAAUUCUUUGCAGCCCACCCUCUUUAUUGUCUUCCCACUGCAUUCUGGGAGCCCGCAUCCUGGCUCUUCUUGGCCCCUUUUCCACCGUCUGGGGUCUUGGGAAUAAGGCCUCCUCUCUACCCAGACUGACCCUGCCUGGAGAGGUCAGGGUGGAACUACCUCAUUCAGCACAUCAGCCCCAAGUCAGAGUGUUGAGUCGCGUUUCAUAUUAGGUCAGGCAUCUUCUGUAAAGUCUCCAGGCUGGAAACCCCAAUCCAUCCAACCCUCAGUUGCUUCCUCAGGGAAGCUGCCUCCGGGCUCCCCCCCGCCCCCCCUUCCCAGACUCUUCGCGGGGCUGGCUCAGUCCCCUGUGGGAGGUGGGUGGGGAUGGGUCUUCGUCCCCACCCCCCACCCCCCGCCCCUGCAGAGGGCUCCACCUGCUAGUGCAUGGUGGGCGUGGGACCCCGUGUGGCUUUCUCUCAGUGGGCACUGCACAGGCAUGGCAGACUCUCAUGGUCACAGCAGGGUGUCCCCUUCCUGGCAGUGUUCUGCCACCCUGGCCUCAGCUCGUCCCGCACAUUCCAGAGCCCUGCAUGGAGCCCCGCUUGGUGUCGGUACCACCUUCCCCUUUCCCCACUUCCCGAUUCCUGGGAAAGCCGGGUCUGAGCAUGACGCGGGAGGCAUUCAGCACACCGCUCAUCAUUCCCUCCCUUUAUAGAAACACAGCAAACCCGUUCUCCACCAUGUCAAACCCUGAGAAUCCGCACCAGGGGACUGGAAGAUGAAAUGACGCCCCCGCCCCCCGAAGGUGGUCACGCGGCCAGCCGGGGGCAGAUUUCUAGCCCAGAAGCCACGUCCUGGGAACCCAUCCUUCUUAGCUCAUCUUUCAAACCUUGAUUACUUCUGGCGUGCAGGACCCACACGCGCCCUACAAGGGCAGGGUCCUAAGAGCACAACUCCCCGGUCGCUCGGUCUUCAUGCUGGGAACUGAGGACUUACGCAUCUUGAGUCUUUUGGCACCUCUUUCGCUGAGUCAGAGUUACGUGCUCGCAGUUUAGAAUAGAAAGAUGCCCAAUGUCCUAGAGUAAGCCACGCUCUGUCACUUGUCCUAUUGAACCAUCUCAACCAAAAAGGUCAGCGUGGAGGAUGGAUCUGUCCCUGGCAGGGAGGACCACUGCUUCCGGGUCAGGGGUUGUGCCGGGACACCAGUGACUGAUUUUAGGAUAUUACGUCUUGGUUUCUCUAUGAAAAAUGGGUGCUGGUAGUAAUUGCCUUGUGGCUUUAGCGGACUAAUUUGUGGGUGAUUUUCAAAUGUCCAAAGCCAAUAGCCUUGUUACUAACACAGAUAUUUGGAGUGUGA